UAUUUUUAUACACUCAUUUAUGUUUUAAUCUUCAAGAAUUGUCGUAUAAAAUUUUGCUCAAGAUAGGCGAUUACUGCAACAUUGCACCUUUCAUAUUUUUUUAUCGUACGUAUGCUCAACGAUAACCAAAUGCAUAGUGAAAGAUAUUAAAAAGCAAAGAUAGAAUGUUUCGGAUUUCACACGCUUAGAUUUCACGACGGCAGAUAUUUAUAGUGUUGCAAUAUAAGUCUGAAAUAAAUUUUCAAACGUUAUGACAUUUUCACGUUGAGACGUCGUCAAUGUCUUAUCGGCGGACGAAUCAGCGUUGACAGCCGCUGACAGAAGAUUUACCACUGAUAUAAAGGAUCUUAACCGUAGCCCAAAAUAUUCUCGUGGAAAUAGCUCUGAACCUCUCAAGUUCCAAAGUGUAUACUGUGCGUAUAUUCUAUCAAAUUAAUUAAAUAGAUGCAAAUUGUUCCGGUGGACGUUUGAACGCGUGUACAUUUUCGGCUUCCACCGCUUUUCACGACAACCCAAACCUUCGGCGAGGUAAUAUAUUGGCUCUUUAUUCAUCGUGAUAAAAGAACCUGCAACUGAUACAUUUUAUUGUUAGUAUAAGAAUAAAACGAUACAAGAAGUAGUUCACUUUAACGUAGAUUGUCAGGUUUAAUUUUGCUGCACUCUGAAAAUGUCAUGCGACGAAAGCUUUUAUCGGAAGAUAUCUUGAUGGAAAUAUGUUACGUUAUACAUAUAUGCAGCGGGUGAUCGGUUGACAAAUAAGGAAAUACGAUACACAUAUACGACGAGCAUAUAUAAAGACGAACUAAUUGUCCCGGUACCUCAAUUACCCGAAGGUAUCGUUUACGAAAAGAAUACGGUUGUUCGUUACGAUUGCAUGGAUAAGACAUCUCAUCUACCUUGAAAUGGAAACCGAUGUCACUAAGAAUAAUAACAUUUACAAAUUGCUCUCUCUCGAAGAGGUGAUGGAGGUGGCGAGAGCUGCGCUGAGCAGUGACACUGAUCUAAUAAAAUAUACCAUUCGACCGUACUCCAACGGCAAGUUCGGAUUUCUCGGCUCUCAUUAUUGGCUCGAUAUAAUAGCCACGAGAAAAAAGGAAACCGUCGCUCUCUCGUUCUUUCUCAAGACCGUACCUUACGAGGUACCCGAUCAAGCUGACUAUGUGAUAAAAAAGGGUGUCUUUAAACAAGAGACAAUGUUUUAUAGCGUCAUAAUGCCGUUGCUCCGUAAGGGAUACCAUGGGGAACCAUGGGCGCCGAUGUGCUACAAAGCGAAGAGCGAUUCGAUAGUCUUUGAGGAGCUAAGCAGCAAGGGCUACUCCAUGCGAGACAAACUAUUUGACAAGACACUCGUACGUGCGGGUUUAAGCGCUCUCGCGCGACUACACGCCGCCUCUCUGCUGGCCGAAACUCGCCUCGGCACGUCUCUGAAUCGGCUAUAUCCCGACGCUUUCGUGGAGAGAGCUUUCGUUCACGAGGGAAUGACGCGGGAGUGGUUCGAAGCAGGCAUCGACGUCGCCGCGAUCGUAGCCGAGCGUUUGGGACACGACCCCGACCUGAUACGAUCGGCCUGUGAGCAGGUGUAUCACGCUAUGAAGCCGUCGCGCACAAAGGCGAACGUGGUCAGUCACGGGGAUCUCUGGGGCAACAAUCUUCUCUUCAAUAAUGACGUGUCGCCUAAAUGCUUGCUGGUGGAUUUCCAACUAUUGAGGUACUCUCCUUUGGCGCACGACGUAGCACAGUUUUUGUAUUUGUGCACGGACCGGAGCUUCCGAGAGACCUGGGAAAGCACGAUGUUGCGUCAUUAUUACGAUACGUUGCGCGAGACUCUGAACAUUCACGGGACCCAUACGCAAACACCCCCAUGGUCAGAGCUGAUAGAAGGUAUGGAGGAACAACGUCUAGGCGCCGUUAUCACCGCGAUAAUCUACUUUCCCACGGUUUUAAUGGACGAGAAUAUUGGUGCGCGAGUUAUGAACAACCCGGCGUCUUACGCCGACUAUUAUUUUCGGAAUAGGAAAGAGUUUGUCCUCUCAAAUAUGGAGAGAGACCCGGUUUACAAAAGAAGGAUCAGCGAAGCUGUCAUCGAACUCGCCGAGCUCGCCUCGCAAUUGGACCAAUUACCAAAACCGUCUUAAAAAGUUAUAUAUAUAUUUCAUAUAGUCGAUUCACACAUGUAACCAAAUCGUUUAUUAAUGUUUCGUCAACACACUUUGUGCACCUUUUAUAUAUUUCACGGGAAUAUGUAUUCGUUGAAUUGAUGAUUUUAUCAAUAUUACUGAUCUUACCGUCGCAGUUCCGUAUGGUAAUUUUUACGGCAAUACGAAUCAAAGAAUAUUGUCUUGA